AUGCCCGUGAGGUUCGGCAUCCUAGGCGCGGCGAAGAUCGCGCGGAAGGUAAUUCGCGCAAUGCAGAGCGUACCAGGCGUCAUUCCGUACGCCAUAGGCAGCCGUUCUUACGAGCGAGCCGCGCAGUUCGCUAAGGAGGUCGGCAUGGCUGACGACGCCGCGAUUUACGGCAGCUACGCUGACGUCAAUGCGGACCCGCUAGUGGACGCAGUUUACAUCCCGCUGCCGACUGGACUCCACGUCGAGUGGGUGGUGAAAGCCGCGAAUCACGGAAAGAAUAUUCUGCUAGAGAAGCCCGUGUCGCUGAAUGUGGCCGAUCUGGAAACCAUGAUCGCAGCCGUCAAUUCGGCGGGAGUUCAGAUCAUGGACGGCACGAUGUGGAUGCACAACCCACGGGCAGCCGAAAUGAAAGCGGCCAUGCAGGAUAGAGAAUCUUUUGGGCAGCUCAUGCGUUACGGGUUGCGCCCGGAUCGCUCCACGAUCGGCCGCAUCUUGAAGAGCGCCGAGCGGUGGGCUGUCACGGCAAACGGCGACAACCAGGUGCGCCGUCGAGGUGGCGCAUGGCCUGAGCUGGAGCAGACCAUGGCGCGGUGGAUCGCAAACGCAGGCCCCGCCGGUGUGCCCCUCACACUUCAGACCAUCCGCGACCAUGUCGCGACGAUGGCGAGGAACAUGGGCAUUCCGCCCACCUUCCGCUGCUCCAUCGGCUGGGUGCGCCGUGCUUUGCGGCGCCAAGGGGUGCGGUGCCGUGCUGCACAAGGCGAGGCGGCAAGCGCGGACAUGGCGGCCGUGCGCGACGCCCGUGAGAAGAUGCCGCAACUCCUCACGCAUCUCGGCGUCGCCCCGAGGGACACCUUCAACCUUGACGAGACGGCGCUAUGGCUGUCGGUGCUUCCGCGGCGAACGUACAGCAGCGGCCGCAUACCAGGCCGCAAGAUCUCCAAGGAGCGACUCACCGUCGCAUUCCUCGUGAAUGCGGACGGGAGCCAUGCAUUCCGCCCGCUUGUGAUAAGCAAGGCGAAGAGGCCGCAUGACUUCCGCCUGGAUUAUGACCCAGAGGCUCUUUGCUACUGGCGGCACAACGCGAAAGGCUGGAUGACCUCGCCGCGAGAUCGUGUGCGGCGUGCGUACCACGUGCAUGAGCAACGUGCGGCUUGUCUUCUUGCCGCCAAACACCACCGCGUUUACUCAGCCGCUCGAUCAGGGCAUAAUCGCCACCACGAAGGCCCGCUACCGCCAGCAUUGGCUGCGGGCCUUCUCGGGGUUAUGGAACGCCGACGGCGCGACUUCCUCCGUGGCGCGUUUCCGGCCGAAUUUGCGCGAUGUCCUCGGGUGGCUGUCGGACGCCUGGACCUCCGUCGGCGCGCGCACCAUCCAACGGUGCUGGUGGCGCACGGGGUGCUGGUGGCGCACGGGGUGCACGUGCAUGACGACGAGCCCAUUCCCGCCGCUUACCCCGACAUUGAGCUCGACGACGACAUCGACGAUGUCGGGACGCUUAUUAGCGGGCUCGCCCUGGGGAAUGCGGCGAUGACGGCGGCAGAGUACGUCGCCAUCGACGACGGCAAGCCUACGUGUGCGGAAGGCGCAGCGGGACCUACAGUGACUGAGGCGGAGACGGGCCUGGAGGUGGAGCUCUGGCAGGCGCCGACGACCAUGCAGGCCGUCUACGAGAACGCCGACCCCGUGGGCCGUGAGGCGCGGCGCACUGCUCGUGCGGCGUGCGAGAUGCUCAUCGGGUACGCAAGGGCCACCCGCAUCACGCCGCGCGAUCUGUGCGCUCUUUUCGACAUCCGCAAUCCUGUCAUAAUCGAGCGGAUGGAGCGGGCGAGCCCGGGAUUCAAUCUCAACGUGGCGCCUCAGCCCGUGCCCUCCCCCGGCGCAACUCCCACUCCCGAGACCCCUCGUCCGCGCGGCCGUGUGUUGCCCGGCUGGAUGACCCGUCCGUCCCGCUGUCAGCAGUUGCUUGACGCCGGGGUGGGCGCCGUGAUGGACGGCUAUGUGGACGCGGCUGAAUGGAUGCGUCUCGGCCCCGUCGCCACCCUUAGCGGCCCCGUCGCCGCCCUUAGCGACCCCGUCGCCUCCCUUGGCGGCCCCCGUCGCCACCCUUACGCGACCCCGGCGCCGCCCGUCGCGGCCCCGACGCCGCCCUCUGCGGCCCCGUCGCCUCUUGCGGCCCCGUCGCCGCCCUCGCGGCCCCUGUUGCCGCCCUUCCGCGGACCCGUCGCCGCCCCUUACGGCCCCGUCGCCGCCUCUCACGGCCCCGUCGCCGCCCUCCCCUUCGCGGCCCCGUCGCCGCACCCCCUUCGCGGCCCCGUCGUCGUCCCUCGCGGCCCCGUCGCCGCCCCCCUUCAGGCCUCGUCGCCGCCUCCUACGGCCUCCGUCGCCGCCCUUUGCGGCCUCGUCGCCGCCCCCCCUUUCGGCCCCGUCGCCGCCACUUGCGACCACUCCGCCGCCUGUCCGCGGCUCUGCCGCCCCUCGCGACCCCGACGCCGCCCUACCGCCGAGCCGCCGAGUCGCUGA